AUGCAGAUCCCAACAGUCACCUUGGAAGACCUCCAGGCCUUUCACGUGCAGCACUUCCCGGGACACGAAACAGUCGGCGCGCCCGCAGAUGAACCAGAAUAUGAAGAGGACGUUGGCGACGAUGAAGACCUGGGCUAUUAUCCCGACGGAGUGAAACGGACUCUCACUGAUGAACAGAUCCGAAUUUUUAGACACAGCGAGAUCCACUCGUUGCUACGCGUAAGGCAACUCGAACAAGACGAUGUCGAAUACGAAGCUCGUCAAGAGUCUUUUGAGAAGAACCACAAUACAGUCGCGGAUAUGAAGUCCCAACAGGGAGGCUCAACCGCCAAGGAUAAUAGGAGCAAGGAAAUUACAAAUAAAACAAGCGGGGAGGAGCUCGUUUCUGCUGCUAAGAAGUCCAAAGGACCAGCUGGACACGAGACGGAUAGCACCAUGUCUGAGCCCCUCAGUUAUGAGGAGAGCCACCAGACACCAUCUGGCCAAAAUAAGCAACCGAGGAAUCAGAAUCCAUACCCUGGGCGAAGGAUCAUCUCCUAUGACGACUGA